ACUUUAUCACUUUAACCUUAUGAUCUUACGAAAAGGUUUUUUUUUUUCAAUUUAUAUUUCCAAUGAUGGGAUCGGCUUUGAAACGGACAUAGUUUAGGGCUUAAAAUUUAAAAUGCACUACACAUUCGGUAUCUGAGUAUUCAAUUUAUCUCUAUGUGAUCCAGUUAAGCGCUCCGCAAUUUAGCUUAUUAACUUUUAUUAAGUACUCUCUGGACCACGGUGUGGGUGAUUGGAUUUUGAAGUGAAGUUCCAUGCGCGCGAGUGUGAUUUUUUCUUUCGUUAAGUUCAUUUUUCUUUCGGAUUAACAUGCGCUAACCAUCUUCAGUUAUGAAAAUCAAUAUUUUCUGGCUACUGAACCUACAAUUAUUUUUUUGCUACACACAUGGAACCGACUGCAGAAAAGAACCAAAAUGCGAAGUCACUCGAGUACAUAAAAUGAAAGCGGCAAAUUGCUAUGACAGGCAGUUCAAGAGCUUUCCAAAAUGUUUAACUGGAGAUGUAGAAGUGAUCGACUUGACUUUCAAUAGAAUCAGAAAAGUUAGCAGAGCAGACUUAAGUAAAUUUUCGUAUUUAAAAUUCCUGUACUUAGCAGACAACUUACUUUCCAAACUUGAUGGAGAUGUUUUUGACGAUUUGACCAGCUUGACAACGUUGGACUUGUCUUUGAACGCUUUGAACAAGGUGCCACCUUCUGUGUUUCAACUUCCGUCUUUAAAAUCGCUAUAUAUCGGUCAAAAUUGGAACAUAAACAUCGUUGACGCUUUGGAAGUCAGCAGGCCAAUACAGAGUCCUCUUACCCAAAUUGAUAUUAGCCAAACAACUGAUGAAGAAAACUAUUCGAAUUUUCCAGAUUUUGGUAUACUUCCUUUUUUGGUGGUGCUAAAUAUUACUGGGAAUUUUUAUUUUAGCAUUCGGCCCGCAUUGUUUAUGGGGCUGUGUAAUUUGCAGAAAUUGAUCAAUGACAAUGUUACUACGGAAUUUGAAGAUGCUUGUGAUUGCUGGAAAAUCAAUAACUGGUUAACGCUGAGGAAGAUUAAGUUUACUCCGUUCACUUGUAAUGUUCCACAGGCAAAAUGUCUUGAAAACGAUUUUAAAGAAGAUGAUUUGCAAAUCUACAACCAAUGCUCAGAAACGUUCAAACAUAUCCAAAAAACAAAUCUUAUAAUAAAAUCAUCCAUAGGUGUUGGGGUGGGAGUCAUUGUAAUCCUUUUUCUGAUUGGUAUAUUCCUUUUCUGGAGAAGGAGAAACAAGAGGAGGAGCCAUUUACAGAAUCGGAAGAAAAGUGUACCGAAUGAAUAUACGCUUUGUGAUAAUUAAUUUUAAUAUUUGAUUCGCUCAGAAUACCACAGUCACACGCAGUGGUAUACAGGGACAGGGUAUUUUUUUUAUCGAAAAGCGGUAUUUUAGAUAUUAAAUCUAAAAUUGAUUUUUUUGGGUGUGAAAUAGCAAAAAAGAAUUACAGUAACCUAUUUAAUGACAGUAUUGAUCAGUUUUUAAUUUUUUUUUUGUGCAAGAAUAUAUAAAUCAAAAUAUUACAAACUGUCUUGGGAUUCUCGUACUUAAAAUAUAAAUUUUACCUAAUCAAACAUGCAUAUUAGUGAAAAAUCUUAUUUAACGUCAAUAUUAAAUGAAAGUAUAGACUAGUGACAAAAUUUACCGCAAUUUACCCUCUUAUGAAUUGCAAUGUUCCUUAAUGUUAGUCAAUAUUUAAGGAGGUAAUUCCUUGGCCUCUAUUUUAUGACUAAAAUUGUAAGGGACGCCACUGGGCUUAAUAAUUUUAAUCCAAUCAAGUUUAAAUUAUUCUCUUGGUACUGAAAACAAACCUGACAAUAAGUUUAAUCAAAAUAGUCAGUUGAGAUAUUAACGGACUUUAAACAGCUUGUAUCUUAAAAACAAACAUGUUUGAUUGAGUAUUUAUAUUUUAACCCAAUAAAGAAUCACCAGAUCUCUCUUUAUGACUAUAUAGUGCCAUUAUUUGCAUUAAUUUAUUUUGUUUGACUAAUUUGAUCAUACCAGACAAUAAUGAAUCAAUCCACCACACAUAUGGGGUAAAACAAUGAAGUUUGUAUGAAAUUGUGAUAGAAAUAGUUAAUAAGUGUAUUGACCUAUUUAAAUUAAUUA